AUGAUCCAGAUGACUCGCUUCAACUCACCCUCGAAGACAAUGUUGCUAUCUGUAUUUUCAAAAGUAAACGUCCGUUUAUCUCAUAAAGGGAUAACAGAGUUAAUGCCUUCUCGCGUUAUUUCAGCUGCUCAAUAUCAACGAUUAUCACUGGAAGCACAAUCAAACCACCUUCAUUAUUAUUCACUCAAAAUAACUUAUCGCCGUCAUUCAACUCAAGAUUAUAUUAUGACAUCUGUCCCAUUAGUAAGUAGUCAUUGUCUUGUUGUUCAAGUACAAUUUCAUUACCAAAUAUCAUUGCUCAUUAAUGAGAACGGUUGUGCUGUCGGCGUUUAUUUGACAACUGGCAAUUCAACUUGCAGUAAAACAUCAAUAUCAACAACAACAGGAAUAAAUCAAACUAAUAUCCCUUACAAAGUCGGCUUACGAAUGGAUUUAACUGAAACUGGACCACAACCUGAUACGCAACAUUUUCUUGAAAAAUUACGUCGGGAGCAAGAAGCAAAGCAAAAAUUUCAAGAAAAUGAUAAUAGAUCAUUUUUUCUCAAAUACUGGAAAUAUAUAAUACCAGUAGUCGCUAUUGUAUUGUUGCAAGGUGUUUUCGCAGAUAAUGGUGGACAACCAAGUGGCGGUGGUCGUGAACAAAGAUAA